CCACAAGCAGGGUGUCGUGCUGAACAGAGAUAAAAGUGGAGAGGAGUAGGGGCAACUGAGAGCUGGUACACCAUGGAGGAGGACAUCAGGAAGAAAGGAAUGCUCUACUUACAGCAACAGAGGUUUGGCAAGGUAAGAUCUGGCACUCUUCUAAGAGUCUCUGUGUGGCCUGUACACACUGUAUUAAUAUGUGUUGCUUACUCACACACGUAAACUCAAUGGCUUAUGCCUUCUCGAUAUCAUGAGCAUGAGUCAUCCACCAAUCGAAUUAGUGCUAUUCUUAUCAUGUAAGAAAGAGCUGCUAAUGGAUUGAGGUUGUGAAAUCAUCUACACCGUAAAACAAAACGUCUAGUUGUUUCAACGAAUGAUUAUGAAAUAACUGGUUCCACAGCCUUUUUUUGGUUUACUCCACUUUUCGGUCCAAGUGUUACCUGAAAGAAAAAAAAAUAGUUGGACCAAACUUCAGAAAUUCAGCCAAUUUAAAAUGAUGUGUUCGCUCAAAUUGUCUCAUAUGUUCAUUCAACUAGAAAUUAUUAUUUGUGCGUCUUACCUAAAAAAGGCUGUGGAAUUAGUUAUACAAACACACAGUGUUUUUAACAUACAAUGUUUUCAAUUAUUAUGUGCAUUUAUACAGUAAUUCAUAUUCAACAUGUCCUCAUCUGGGAUUUUAACUCGCAACCUCACUGCAUUCCAAUCUUCCUGCUACGCUACCAUGUCUGUGUCAAUUACUGAUUUCAAUGACUGUUUUCGCCUCUAUUGCUACACUUUGCACUAAAUCUCAGCUCUGUUAAAAGUACACUCAAGAAAAACUAUUUGAUUUAUUAAGGAGUAACAUUAAAACAGAGUAAUAUGCUCCACCAACAUUAGACAACUAUACAGAAACCCCCAUAAUUGCUGAAAUAAGUAAAUCAAAACAAUGACGAGAGAAUAGUCAGAUUAACUGAUAAUUGACACAGACAUGGUGGUGUAGCAGGAAGAUCAAAAUGCCAUGAACCAAGAGGUUGUGAGUUCAAAUCCCAGGUUAGGACAUGUUGAAUAAUAAUGACUGUAUAAAUGAACAUGCACAAUGUAAUCAUGUAUGUCAACGUGUGUACAAUAUGAAAGAUAAAAGCACUGUUUGUGUGUGUGUAACCAGUUGCACAUCCUUUUUUAGUUUUAGAUGCCCAAAUAAUAAUUUAUAGUUGAAUGAACAUGUGAGACAAGUUGAGCAAACACAUCAUUUUAAAUUGACUGAAUUUUAGGCCAACAAUUUUUUUCUAGUUCAGGUAACACUUGGACCAAAAAGUUGAGUAAAUAAAAAAAAUGGCUGUGGAACCAGUUACUUAAUAAUAAUAAUAAUACGUUGAAACAACUAGAUUUUUUUGUACAGUAUAGCUAACGCUCAUCAAGAAAGACAGUAUAAUGAUGUUGCCACACAUGACUGAAGAGAGAGCGUUAAAUACUCUGCUGUGUUGUAUAGAGUUUGCCAGCUUGUAGUCCUAAAACUCGGAAAUGAGUUACCUCUGGUUCGUUCAGCCAUCCCUAUGGUGAAAAUGAAUGGGGAAAGAAUAGGGUUUUGUGAUAAACACAGAAAAUAAGGUCUGAGGUUAUAUGUUUUGUUUUAUGGGACAAUAUCAGUCAGUUAACAUGACCUUUAUUAAUUAUGAAGCCUUUAUGUGCUUUUUAAGAAUUACAUAAAUGCUUCAAAAUUCACAAAAAGUGACGUUAGCUGAUGAAGAUUAUCUCAGAACAAAACGUAUAAGAUCUCCUAAGCCUGUCUUUACCACAGACCUUAUUUUCGGCUUUAUCCAAAACCCCUACAAAAAUGACACUAAUUUCCCCAUAGGCUUUGUCCAAAGAACCAUGGCAGAGUUAGUGCCUACAAAAAGAUGCAAUUACUACUUCUCUCUAUUACAUACAUAUUUCCUUUUUCACAGUUUUCAAUCUCUUCAUGAGAAGUUUGCCUUGAGAUAGUCAUCUGUUGGAAUCACCAGCGGUAUUUAUCCAGUUAUAAAGACAAACAUCAACCAAUAACUUUUAUGUGGUACAGCCAAAGAUUUGCAUUGUUCAGUACCAACGACUUAUGUAGAUUAAAGAGUCUCUGUUUAGUUAAACCAGGGGGAGUAACCUAUACUUAAGGUCAAUUUCCUGUCAGGCUAGACUUCCCUGAUGUGUUUGUAUUAGCUCCAGGAGCAGUAUUGCAGGUCUCAGACCAGUGUCGAAAUUCCCCUUAGAGGGUUUUGAUUUAGUCGUGCAAUAGCAGCAGUAGCAGCCAAUCUGUAAAACCCAUCUCCACUGUGGCAGACUGAAUCAAUCGCAUUUCUUUGUAGUAUUGCAAAAUAUUUCAUGUUUUAAAGGGACUUCAUUCACAGAGCAACGCAUCCAAGUUAUUCCCUUCAACAGUAUUGAACAAUGCCAUAUGAAGAGCAGUGUUGAAAUUGGAUUCAGAAUGAUAGAUUCACUUUGUCUUCCUCUUUUCACAUGCUGAACAAGUUGGAUACGGUCAAACCUAUUCCAGGCUAUAGGAAGUGAAACUAGUAAUAGGGUUUACAGUAACCACGUAGAGACAUCUCUUAAAAAUGUAAAUAUUGGUUGCUGUCUGACCCAAUGCUUUGUAUACUCCCCUACAGAAAUGGAAAAAGGUCUGGUCGAUCCUGUACAGGGAGAGUACCUGCUCCAUCUCACGCUUGGAGUUCUUUGAAUACAAAGAUGGUGCGAGCACCCUGGAGAAAUCAGACAAAAGCCUCCGCAAGCAGCAGGAGAGCAAGAAGGUGAUCAAGCUAAGCGACUGUAUCCGGGUGUCAGAGGUGGACAUUGAGGGCUCCCCGAAAGACUGUGGCCAGUUCCAUGUGGAGACAGCAGACAAACUUUUUGUGUUUGCUGCGGAGAUGGUCGAGCUGGACGACUGGACACAGAAACUUUGUGAAAUUGCAUUCCCUGUACGUUCAGUCAGAUCCCUUGUUCUGUCAGGUUUGAUUCUGCUUAAAAGUAGAGGGGUCUCACUUUCUGUGAUGCUGCAUGUACAGUUCAUGUACAGUUCAACAUAGGGCUGGGGACCUAAAUCAUAACUGAUACAGCAACAUACAUACAGCAAUAUAUGACAUUACACUUCAAGAUAUGUUUGAAAAGCAAGCAGAUAAUUCAGGAACUCAAAACUGUCAUGCUAUAAAAAGAUAGUCACACACUGGCUUCUGAGGUUUGACUCUACCAUCAUGUGAUGAAAAACAGUGGCAGGGUUUAGCAAAGAAACCCACCAAUUUGAACUGUUUUUAGCUGACUGCUGAAGACUAAUGGCUCACUCAGCUUGUAUUUUGAACUUAGUAAACAGUCUCUCCCUUAUAUGCUUUGUGUUAGCAAAAUACAAUUCAGGUGGAAAAAAACAGUGCCACAGCAGUAGCUAGCCAGCAUUAUCCAUUAUCCAACUAACACUGGUGAAACAGCUGGUACAGAUCUGGUGCUAAGUACACAAGUGAACACUGCUAAGUACACAAGUGAACACUGCUAUUAUUACGCACAACCAACAAUACAUACAUUCCAAUGCCCUGCAGUCUGUUUUCUUCCAAAAUGUGGAAAUGUUGACGUUCACAGUAUGUUUAUGAUGACUGGUAUAUUUGGCCCAUGCAGAUGAACUGGGGUGAGAAAGGAGGGAUGAGGCGUAGCAGUAUGCAGCGAUCAAAGGCAGAUCCUGCAGAAAUGGGGAUGGAGGACAACUCUCUGUACAGCAGAAGAGACAGUGGUAAGUCUUGCUCUUCACCCCGUGAAGGAAAACUAAAUCAUUUUUACAUAGCAUGACACAUACACUAGUGCAAGCACACACACACACACACACAGGGCAUUCUAAGAUAACUGCAGAGAAAAGUGCCACUUAUACUGUCUGACUACAUAGCACUUGCUGUGACCCACUAUAUCUAAUACAGCCCUGAGCUCUUUCAGGUCAUGGGACCCUGUUCUUUGACCUUCAUCUAAUGGCUUGUAAUGAGAGGAUAAAGGUGCCUGACUUGACUCAACUCGUCACCACUAUAAUCAGUUACUGGAGUGUAUACUGGAGGGUAUACAGUGCUCAAGUCAAGGAACCUAGGGCUUUAGUCAAGUAAGUCAGAUUGGGGUGUAUACAUAGGAGCAUUACAGUUUGAAUAGAGGAAGUUCUUCUUAAUAUUUUCCAUUGGAGGCAAAUGUUCAAAAAAUUUGACUAUACAGUAGAUAAAAUAAAAAUGUGAAACUAUAAUAUAAAACCUAACUGCAUUUUGUAAUAUAUUUUCAGUGGCCUCUUCCACACAAAGACACAUUGUGUACAUCUCUAUUUCUUAUACAUAGUGGAAAAUUGUGCCACAUGUUCCUGUCUUGUGGUUGACGAGUAUUGCUCCACCAGUGUCCGCAUGUUUGCACAUUGACCACUUACUUAUCAGUCAGAAGUCAGUUACAUCCUGUUUUCUGCUGUUUUCUGUUCUCUCAAUGUCUUAAAAGUGCAAUGAGGGAAAUACAUGACUUUUGACAUAUACAUUGGUCUGUUAAAAAUCACAUCAAUACAACCAACAACAUUUAGGGCUGAUUUCCCAGACAGAUAAAUACUGGACUAAAAAGCUAUUUCAAUGGAGAUUCUCCAUUGAGCAUGCUUUUUAAUUAAAGACUUAAUCUGUGUCCAGUUUUUAGCUAUGUUGUUCUCACCCUGGAUCUUGGAUAUUCUUGUCUACAACUAUCAUUAGUUCCUUAUUGAUAAAAACUAGAACAAGAUGUGUCCUUAGCAGCAACAUAGUAAUAGCUACAGUAUUGUGGCAGUGAUUUGGGUUAAUCAUACCAGUAUGUCUAUUAUUAGUAGAUGCAAGUGAGGUAAACCAGAGCCUGCGUUUGAGAUCACAAGCGUAACAACUUCUGCAUGCUACUAGACUCCCGAGUGGCACAGUGGUCUAAGGCAUUGCAUCGCAGUGCUAGCUGUGCCACUAGAGAUCCUAGUUCGAAUCCAGGCUCUGUCGUAGCCGGCUGCGACCGGGAGACCCAUGAGGCGACGCACAAUUGGCCCAGCGGCAUCCAGGGUAGGGGAGGGAAUGGCCGGCAGGGAUGUAGCUCAGUUGGUAAAGCAUGGCGUUUGCAACGCCAGGGUUGUGGGUUUGAUUCCCACGGGGGGACAGUAUGAAAAAAAUAAUAAUAAUGUAAGUCACUCUGGAUAAGAGCGUCUGCUAAACUUUCAGCUGACAGGCCUGCAGCCAGUGUAUUGUUCUGUGGGUACACACUCCGAUUCAGAUUGUUUUCUGGUAUUUAUGAAAAGGGACAUGUUUACUGUAGGAUGACAAAAAUGUAAUAGUAUCUCUGUGUGUGAUUUGAAUAGGCUCCACUGAGCUGAUCGUAGCCAGAUACUGUAUGAGCCAAAGGAAGCACAGUUGUCUAAUUUGAAAGUAGUGCUAUCGGCAUUACACAGUGUAUGUAGUAGCCAUGGCACCUUGAGUUGAAUUGACUGUGGAGUUGUCCGUCUUUGAUAGUCUGAAUUCCAUCCUGAAUUCUCUGUGUUUUUUUUAUUUCAUGUGCCAUUUUCAGUCAUGCAAUCCGAUGCCUCUCAUAAACGAACGGCAAACGCAUGUGGUGCACCAGGCAGAGGAAGCAACUCCUCAACCUCAACCUUCUGAACCAAGCACCUGGGAAGAGAAGAACCCAGAAACCAAAACACUUACACAAUAGCAUUUCACAGGGCCACGCUUGGUUUGAUGUGCCUCCAAAUAGGCCUACAGACAGACUGCAAAGUAUCACAUGACCUGAAGGCAAUGUAGAACGGAACUGAGGAGAAAUAUUUUUUAUAAAAAUAAAUUCAGAUGAGAAACUGGUUUAGUGGUUUAGGCUCAUCCACCAGUGGCAAAGAGGUGGAGCCGAGCUACUGUAUAGAGAAGUCAGCGAGUUUAUUUUAAGAACAGGGUAUUUCUGUCAUAUAGGGCUUGGAUGUAACAGGAAGUCAAUAGGCCCUUCUCUCUUUUUGUUGAUUGAGGAAGUGCUGAGAGGUUGCAUGCCAGUGCAUCUUCUCAACGAAACAUCCUCUACUCAGUGCAGCAAUAUGUCUGUGGCUUCCUAAGCCACAUUUUACAAACAUGCUGCUCUGCUCAGCUCUGUUACAUAGGUGCUGCUCAAAGAGGCUACAGUGAAGAUCCAGCUCAGUUAAGGGUGCUUUGAAAUGAGACAAACGGAUCUGUAAAAAAAUGCAGCAACCCAAUGUUUUAUAAAAAAAAAGAAAAAAAAAAGGUCAUUUAGCAGACGUUCUUAUCCAGAGCGACUUACAGGAGCAAUUAGGGUUAAGUGCCUUGCUCAAGGGCACAUCGACAGAUUUUCCACCUAGUCAGCUCGGUUACUGGCACUACGCUCUUAACCACUAAGCUACCUGCUCAAUGGGAGCAGUGCAAUGGGGGAGGGCCUAGGGUUGUGAUGUGCUGUCAAUAAGAAAAGUUGCCAAGAUGUGUCCGUCACAACCAAUUUUUAAAUGUAGAACACCGUUUCUUGCUAAUCAUUUCUCCCCGCCCUACUAAACCGCUGCGUUUGACAUGUGUUUCAUGCAUUCUGGUUUGAAGGCACCCUAAAGGGAAGGGAUAGGGAUGGAUGUGACAGGUUUUCACAAGUGUCGGUUUUCAUCCAUUUCAUCCAUUAGUGGGAAGUAUUUGGUUUGAAAUCAUGCUUACACAUUGUGAUCUACAGUAUAUUCAAACUCCCAUAUUGUUAGCUCUCUCUAAAGGGAUUUGGAAAAUGUACGUAUGUAUGUAUUACCAGAGCCAUGUAUUUAGAUUCUAAAUACAGUGCCUUGCAUAAGUAUUCAUCCCCCUUGGCGUUUUUCCUAUUUUGUUGCAUUACAACCUGUAAUUUAAAUUUAUUUUUAUUUGGAUUUCAUGUAAUGGACAUACACAAAAUAGGCCAAAUUGGUGAAGUUAAAUUAAAAAAAAAACUUGUUUCAAAAAAUUCUAAAACAUAAAUAACGGAAAAGUGGUGCGUGCAUAUGUAUUUGCUAUGAAGCCCCUAAAUAAGAUAUGGUGCAACCAAUUACCUUCAGUAGUCACAUAAUCAGUUCAAUAAAGUCCACCUGUGUGCAAUCUAAGUGUCACAUGAUCUGUCACAUGAUCUCAGUAUAUAUACAUCUGUACUGAAAGGCCCCAGAGUCUGCAACACCACUAAGCAAGGGGCACCACCAAGCAAGCGGCACCAUGAAGACCAAGGAGCUCUCCAAACAGGUCAGGGACAAAGUUGUGGAGAAGUACAGAUGGGUUUAUAAAAAAAUAUCAGAAACUUUGAACAUCCCACGGAGCACCAUUAAAUCCAUUAUUUAAAAAAUGGAAAGAAUAUGGCACCACAACAAACUUGCCAAGAGAGGGCCGCCCACCAAAGUCACGGACCAGGCAAGGAGGGCAUUAAUAAAAUAAUCAGAGAGGCAACAAAGAGACCAAAGAUAACCCUGAAGGAGCUGCAAAUCUCCACAGCGGAGAUUGGAGUAUCUGUCCAUAGGACCACUUUAAGCUGUACACUCCACAGAGCUGGGCUUUAUGGAAGAGUGGCCAGAAAAAAUACAUUGUUUAAAGAAAAGAAAUAAUCAAACAUGUUUGGUGUUCGCCAAAAGGCAUGUGGGAGACUCCCCGAACAUAUGGAAGAAGGUACUCUGGUCAGAUGAGCCUAAAAUUGAGCUUUUUGGCCAUCAAGGAAAACGCUAUGUCUGGCGCAAACCCAACACCUCUCAUCACCCCGAGAACACCAUCCCCACAGUGAAGCAUGGGGGUGGCAGCAUCAUACUGUGGGGAUGGUUUUCAUCGGCAGGGACUGGGAAACUGGUCAGAAUUGAAGGAAUGAUGGAUGGCUCUAAAUACAGGGAAAUUCUUGAGGGAAACCUGUUUCAGUCUUCCAGAGAUUUGAGACUGGGAUGGAGGUUCACCUUCCAGCAGGACAAUGACCCUAAGCAUACUGCUAAAGCAACACUCGAGUGGUUUAAGGGGAAACAUUUAAAUGUCUUGGAAUGGCCUAGUCAAAGCCCAGACCUCAAUCCAAUUGAGAAUCUGUGGUAUGACUUAAAGAUUGCUGUACACCAGCGGAACCCAUCCAACUUGACGGAGCUGGAGCAGUUUUGCCUUGAAGAAUAAGCAGAAAUCCCUGUGCCAAGCUUAUAGAGACAUACCCCCUGCUGCAUAAGGUGGCUCUACAAAGUAUUGACUUUGGGGGGGUGAAUAGUUAUGCACGCUCAAGUUUUAAGUUUUUUUGUCUUAUUUCUUGUUUGUUUCACACAAAAAAGGUAUUUUGCAUCUUCAAAGUGGUAGACAUGUUGUGUAAAUCAAAUGAUACAAACCCCCAACAAAUCGAUUUUAAUUCCAGGUUGUAAGGCAACAAAAUAGGAAAAAAGCCAAGGGGGGUGAAUACUUUCGCAAGCCACUGUACAUGGCUCUGUGUAGGUCUAGGAUUGGUAAUGAGAAUGCGUUCCACAUUUCUCUCACUUAAAGACCGUUAUCCAAGUGAAUGGAAAAACAGGAGUCGUAUGCCUCUGGCUGUGACAGGGAUUUGAUCUCCCUCCCACAGAACAACUGACAAAGUGCAGUGCUCUCCCCCAUAGCUUAUGUUCAUUGCACCGACUGUAACUUGGCUUGUUUCGUUCAUCAUGGGAACCACAGUAGCAGUUUUUUUUUCCAGCACUGGAAUGAUCACUUUACAACUGGAUUUCUUUUGGAAAAUCACUUAUCGCACCACUUUGGAAAAGGAGCCUGUGAGCCUACAGUACAAUAUGCUAGGACAUGCAGAGAGUCUUUGUUCUUUAACUCUGUACUGUACAGUUGAGGCCAAAUAUAUUGGCACACUUGCACUUUUCUUAAAUAAUUCCCUAUUUCUUCUAAAAUAAAAUAGAUUUUCAACAUUGAAGGAACAAUUACAUUUCUGGAAACUUAAGUUUACAUUUUUUAUUGAGAAAAUAAAGACAAAUGGCAUGGACACAAUUAUUGGCACCACUGGGCUAGUACUUGGUUGUGCAGCCUUUGGCCAAGAUAACUGCAGACAAACACUUCUUAUAGCCAUCUAUGAGCUUGCUGCACCGUUGUACUGACAAUUUGCCCCACUUCUCAGCAGCAAACUGCUCUAAUUCUUCAAUAUUUGAGGGAUGCCCUCCACCAACUGCUGUUUUCAGAUCUUGCUAUAGCUUUUAGAUGUGAUUCAGAUCUGGACUCUUUACUGGCCACUCCAGAACAGUCCAGCACUACUUCUUAACCAUUUCUGGCUGCUUUUUUAUGUGUGUUUGGGGUCGUUGUCCUGCAGGAAGACCCGCAACCUUCAAUGUAGACCCAGUUUUUGGACACUGCCCACUCAACACAGACUGGUUGAAUCAACGUUGUUUCAACGUAAUUUGUCAACAUAUUGUGACGUGGAAUCUACGUGGAAAAUACAUUGUAUUUGAAAAAAUGAAUCAACGUAAACUGUUGUUUUGAGGGUGAAAUUUCACAUUGAAAUACAGAAAUAUCUCAUUUACGUAAGUAUUGACACCAAUACAUGUAAGUAUUGAGUCAAUACAUGUUAGAAUCACCGUUGGCAGCGAUUACAGCUGUGAGUCUUUCUGGGUAAGUCUCUAAGAGCUUUGCACACCUGGAUUGUACAGUAUUUGCACAUUAUUAUUUUUAAAAUUCAUCAAGCUCUUUCAAGUUGGUUGUUGAUCAUUGCUAGACAUCCAUUUUCACGUCUUGGCACAGAUUUUCAAGCCUAUUUAAGUCAAAACUGUAACUAAGCCACUCAGGAACAUUCAAUGUCGUCUUGGUAAGCAACUCCAGUGUAUAUUUGGCCUUGUGUGUUAGGUUAUUGUCCUGCUGAAAGGUGAAUUUGUCUCUGUGUCUAUUGCAGACUGAACCAGGUUUUCCUUUAGGAUUUUUCCUGUACUUAGCUCCAUUCAGUUUAUUUUAUCCUAAAGAACUCCCUAGUCCAAGCAGACCCGUAACAUUAUGCAGCCACCACCAUGCUUGAAAAUAUGAGCAGUGGUACUCAGUGAUAUGUUGUGUUGGAUUUGCCCCAAACAUAACGCUUUGUAUUCAGGACAAUUUCUUUGCCACAUUUUUUGCAGUUUGACUUUAUUGUCUUAUUGCAAACAGGAUGCAUGUUUAAAAAAUAAAAAAUAAAAAAAUCUGUACAGGCUUCCUUCUUUUAAUUCUGUCAUUUAGGUUAGUAUUGUGGAAUAACUACAAUGUUGUUGAUCCAUCCUCAGUUUUCUCCUAUCACAACCAUUAAACUCUCUAACUGUUUUAAAGUCACCAUUGGCCUCAUGGUGAAAUCCCUGAGCGGUUUCCUUCCUGUCCGCCAACUGAGUUAGGAAGGACGCCUGUAUCUUUGUAGUGACUGGGUGUAUCCAAAGUGUAAUUAAUAACUUCACCAUGCUCAAAGGAAUAUUCAAUGUCUGAUUUUCUUUUUUUUACCCAUUUACCAAUAGGUACCUUUCUUUGCAAGGCAUUGGAAAACCUCCCUGGUCUUUGUGGUUGAAUCUGUGUUUGAAAUUCACUGCUCGAAUUGAGGGACCUUACAGAUAAUUGUACGUGUGGGGUACAGAGAUGAGGUAGUCAUUCAGAAAUCACGUUAAACACUGUUAUCGCACACAGAGUGAGUUGAACGUAUUAUGUGACUUGCUAAGCACAUUUUUACUCCUGAACUUAUGUAGGCUUGCCAUAACAAAGAGGUUGAAUACUUACUGACUCAAGACAUUUCAGCUUUUAAUUUGUAAUUAAUUUGUAAAAGAUUCUAAAAACAUAAUUCCACUUUGACAUAAUGGGGUAUUGUGUGUAGGCCAGUGACACAAAAUCUCAAGGGGUCAAGGGAUGUGAAUACUUUCUGAAGGCACUGUAUGUCAUCAUGGCAACCAAAUUCCAACAUAGACAAACUUUGUAUAUAAUGUCAACGCAACCAAAAAUCAACAUUUGAAGGACAUGUAUCUUCUGCUUGAAUAGUUCCAUAUGUGCCACUGACUUAUUAGUCUGGCAGUUUGUCUACAAAUUAAUAAUUUGUCAUUUAAAAAGGCUAAUUGGUCAUUAGAAAACCCUUUUGCAAUUAUGUUAGCACGGCUGAAAACUGUUGUGCUGAUUAAAGAAGCAAUAAACCUGGCCUUCUUGAGACUAGUUGAGUAUCUGAAGCAUUAGCAAUUGUGGGUUCGAUUACAGGCUCAAAAUGGCCAGAAACAGUCUAUUCUUGUUCUGAGAAAUUAAGGCUAUUCCAUGCGAGAAAUUGCCAAGAAACUGAAGAUCUCGUACAACGCUGUGUACUACUCCCUUCACAGAACAGCGCAAACUGGCUCUAACCAGAAUAGAAAGGGGAGUAGGAGGCCCUGGUGCACAACUGAGCAAGAGUGUCUAGUUUGAGAAACAGGCGCCUUACAGGUCCUCAACUGGCAGCUUCAUUAAAUAGUACCCGCAAAACACCAGUCUCAACAUCAACAGUGAAGAGGCGACUCCGGGAUGCUGACCUUCUAGGCAGAGUUGCAAAGAAAAAGCCAUAUCUCAGAUGGCCCAUCUUAAUCUUUUAUUUUUAUUGGCCAGUCUGAGAUGUGGCUUUUUCUUUGCAACUCUGCCUAGAUGGUCAGCAUCCUGGAGUCGCCUCUAAUGAUCAAUUAGCCUUUUAAAAUGAUAAACUUGGAUUAGCAAACACAACGUGCCAUUGGAACACAGGACUGAUGGUUGCUGAUAAUGGGCCUCUGUACGCCUAUGUAGAUAUUCCAUUAUAAAUCAGCCAUUUCCAGCUACAAUAGCCAUUUACAACAUUAACAAUGUCUACACUGUAUUUCUGAUUAAUUUUAUGUUAUUUUAAUUGACAUAAAAAUUGCUUUUCUUUCGAAAACAAGGACAUUUCUAAGUGACCCCAAACUUUUGAACGGUAGUGUAUAUGUUGGAUUCACAUCUCCAUCAACCAAGAAUGUAAGUUGAAGAAUAGGACUAAAUCAAAUCAAACUUUAUUUAAAGUGCAUUUAAAGUUUGAUUUGAUUUAGUCCUAUUCUUUAACUUAGAUUUUUGUUUGAGAUGGCGAUGUGAAUCCAACAUAUCCAGUGGUGAAGUGGAGGACAAAUGCAACUAAGUGCAGUUUACCCACUUUUAUUUUGCCAAAUUGACCCACCUUUUGCAGAAAAAUGCAUUUAAAGUAUAGGAAGCGUGACUUUUUUCACCGCACCGGAGUUCAGAGUUUACCCACUUAUUUGUUUUUACCACUACAUCACUGAACAUAUCAAUUAUUAAUUUGUAGACACACUGGAAUUAAAUCCAGACUAAGUCAGUGGCACAGAUGGAACUAUCCAAGCAAAAGAUACACCUCCUUCAAAAUGUUGAUAUUUGGUUGCAUUGACAACCAAACACAAUUCAAUAUCACUUUUUAAAUACAAGUUAACAAAUGAUAUGUUGGAUUCACGUCUCCAACUCAACCAAAAAUAAAAGUUAAAGAAUGGGAUUAAGCCAGUGGCUCAGAUGGAACUAUCCAAGCAGUACAUACAUUUCCUUCAAAUGUUGAUAUUUGGUUUCGUUGUCAACCAAACACAAUUCAAUAUUACUUUGUAAUACAGUAUUUGGGUGACAACUAAACCAAAAAUUAGACAUUGUUUUUCCAUUGGAAUUUGGUUGUGCUUUUAUAUGGUUGAAAGCAUAGUGAUAACACAUUGGAAAUUCAACUAACUUUUGUCUGUCUUUUUGAGUGGGAUAAUAUAGUUUGUAAUCUCAUUGAUCAACAUCUCAACCAAUUAUGACCCAGUUAUAUACAUUAAAAUUACGUGGUGUGCCCAGUGGGUGGGUUGAACAAUUGACUACAAAACACCUGAUAUCUGAUGAUUACAGGAUGCACUCUUUCAAGGCCCCCAGUAGCAGAGGCAGCAAAGCAACCCCACAGCAUUUUCAAACCUCCCCCAUCUUUGCUAUUUUUAUUUGGUAUUUGGUAUUUUAUUAUUUAUUAUAUACAGUACAUGACAUAAUACAGAACAUUAAUAGACAAGAACAGCUCAAAGACAUUACAUUCAGUAGCAUCUAUUAGUAAAUACACACAAAAUAUUUAGGUCAAAUAAGGGAGAGGCGUUGUUCUGUGAGGUGUUGCUUUAUCUGUUUUUUUAAAGCCAGGUUUACUGUUCACUUGAGCAAUAUGGUGUAAAAAUCCAUGUGUAAUAAGGACACUACAAUUUGAGUCAGUGUGAUAUUGUUUGCGUUGAGUUAGAGCAUAGUGUCUGUCUGUUUCCCAUGCUGUCUGUCUGUUACAUCCUGUCUGUCUGUUUCACAGCAGUGAAGGACUUCAGGGUGGUGGUGAGGAGGACGGAGGCAGCAGAGCGCUGCAAGCUGAGAGGCCCCUGUGUUCUACGGACAGACUUCGACAGCCUCCUCCUCAAAGAGCCCAAAUCAGGAGAGGUUCUCUUCAGCUGGCCCUACCGCUUCCUCCGGAGGUUCGGACGGGACAAGGUGACAUCAAACUGUCAACUCCAAAAGCCCAUCUAAACACUCAACAAAUCUCUCUUGGAAUGGUUGAGGAUAGGGUUGUAAAAUUCCGGUAACUUUCCCAGAAUUCCAAGGUUUUCAAGAAAUCCUUGUUGGGGGAUUCCUGGAUAUCCCGGUUUUUCCCUCCUGAUUUCACUAAUCUUCUUUCUGGGACUUCUAGAAAACCUGGGAAUUUUGGGCAAGUUUUUGCAACCCUAGUUGAGGACAAUUAUUUGAGUGUUAAAGAAAGGCGACCCAAAUACAGUACAGUCUUUAAAUAAAGCACAACAAGGUCUCUCCCUAUGAGUGAAUAUAAAAAGCUGAUAAUUAUACGUAAGUAACUUCCCUUCAGAGUGAAGUCUUAAGCAAUCUCACAAAAAUUACUUUGCAGGUGACGUUUUCCUUUGAAGCGGGACGCAGAUGUGACUCUGGCGAAGGUAGCUUUGAGUUUGACACCAAACAGGGCAACAUGCUGUUCCAAGCCCUGGAGUCCGCCAUCAACCUCCAGAGGAGUGCAGGCCAACCCCUCCGACAGGCCUCAGGAGGCCAGGAGAUGGACCCUGGUCCCAGGCUCCAGCCAGCAGGGGAGCCGGGUGUUUACAGCACCAUCAAUGAGGCCCUGCAGAGAGGCGGCUCCUCUCCCCCACACCUAGCCCAUGCCAAAUUGGAGGCCCCCACGGAAAAACUCCUCACUGGGGUCAAGAGCCUGACACUGGACACCAGAGGCAUUCCCUGCAAGAACCAGGUGAAGAACAUCUCCAGCUGCCCUUUGAUGAACAGCAAGAGUCAGACCUACUCGGAGAUCACCAUGCCUCUGGAGAGGAGGGAGCAGGAGGAUAAGCCCUCCCUCAGCCUCAGCGCUGGACCCAACCACUCCUCCGAGGACUCAGACUACUCCCUCCCCUUUGACACCAUUGCCAAGAACCUGAUGGCGGACAUACUGCUUAGUGUCCACCUCCCCCCGGGGGUGGAGCCGCAGGGCUCUGAGAGGUCAGGCUGCCAGGAGGACGAUGCUCCAGAUCCUCUCUACGACAGCAUUGAUGAGUCGGCCAUCCGAUCAGGCCUGAGCAGGUCUAAGGGCACCAAAGUCAGCUACACCAAGGCAGAGCACAUCUACGAUGAACCGGAGGGCUGUGCUGCAGCUGUAGCUUUGGAGCCCAACUGCCCCACCUCUGUUUACGAUGACCCCGAGGAGGUCGGAGGUCAUGCCUGGAAAAUCAUGGGCACCAUAGCUGACCCCAAUGGCCAUGAGUAUCCAUACAACCCUCACGUUGACGACUACGCUGUCCCCAUGCUACCAAAAAGAGCUUUUCCGCCAGAUACACUCCAACAUGAAGAGGAGGAGAACUCUCCGUAUGAUAAUGUGAGGGUGAAAAUGAACUAAAGUGAAAACCGAGGGUGCCCACACCAAAGUUGUCAUCCUGAAAAGGUAUGUGUGAGCCCAUUGUAAAACUGAAUUCAGAGGAUUUCUCAAGGGUUGUUUUCUACUGCUCCCUAAUGCUUCAUAAAACCACUCAUAUUGCAUUUUAAUCGUGGUUUAUCAUAUACCCAAUUUCUGCUGUGAAGGUCUUGAAUACACCUACAAUAACUUAUAUAUAUUUUUGCUUUAGAAAUAUACUGUGUUAUGUGGAGUUUUACACUGUAUGCUGUUGUACAGUCUUUGGCCAGCAGGAGGUACCAACACAGCUUGACUCCAAGUUUUCUUUGUAAAUACUUUUUAAUCUGUGAAGCAGGAUGUUUAAAAAAAAUAGUUGCUUAACUUGUCAUAAAUCUGAAAAUAAAUGUGAUCUUUAAGUCCUAUGGAUUUUGAUACUGAAUCUGUCUGCUCAGCAUCUAGUUGAAAAAUAGAAUUAAUAGGGGUGAAGAGGUCUGGAAUACAUUUGCAUUAUUUGAAUCUCUGGAAAGGUAUUUCCUGAUAGUUUUCAUGUGGUAGAAGUACAAUGUGCCCUAGAGGAAUCCUGUAUAUUGUGCAUUUUCUUGCUUUGUCUCCUAAUUCCUGCAACCUUUCAAGGAAUAUCAAUUUCCCUACUUUCUUUACAUCACUAAAACAUAGCUCUGAAAUAAAACAGGCCCUGAAUGUAUUAUGUUUUCCACCCUGGUGCUGUCUGUGACUGUCAACCAGGCCAAGUAGCUCUGUUUCAAGCAGACCUGAACUGCUUCCCUCAAACCGUUUUGCUCCUCCUUUGCCAGUAAUGUAUUUUCAGUGGACAGGAUAUUAGGCGAGCUCGAGGGAAUUGAAAGCCCCAUACCCAUCUGAGCCUCAGACAAUCCUCUUGAUAUAUAUAAAAAAAAGAAUACAGUUGAAAAUGAACUGAUUCCAAGAGUUGGGGAGUUACUCCUUGACUGGGGGUUUCCUCCAAUGAGGGGCUCUGCUUGAAAUAACACAGCAAAAUAAAAUGGAAGCAAACAAACA